AAGUUGCAAUGGCCAAAAUGACUUCACAUAUAUUUACCUGCCACUUCUCAACGCUCUCCCCUUUUAUCUCUUCCUUCUUACACCACCAUGUGUUUUCUUCACCUUCUCCAUUCCUACUCUUUUUUCAUUUCAACUUUUCCUCUCAUUCAAAAUAUACACCUUCUUCUAUUAUCCCCUCACUCACCUUCAUGUUUCUGAUCUUCCACAAUUCUUGGCUUCUUUCAAAAAUGGAUUCUUUGUUGCCUGUGGAAGUGCUUAUUUGAAUUUUUUUUUGUUUUUGGGAAAUUGGGUUGUGUAAAAAUCAAAUCUUUGAGUUGUUUUUUAUUGUGGGGUGAUUUGGUUUGGAUUGGAUGAUUUUUGUGAUGGGAGAAAGAUGGCACCAGGGAAUUGUUGCAGCUCUGAGGUAGCAGCUAUAUUAAGGGGAGGUGAGUGUUCCAUGGAGGAUCAAAAUGGUGAUACUUUGGGGAGUUUGAAUCAGAAUAAUAUUGUUGGCAAACCUCCAAGGGAUCAUUCUGUUGUUAUGCGUCAUUGUACCAGCUCUUCAUGGUUGACUGAUUCGGAAUCAAAUAUUAAUACUAUUGGCCUUAAAUCAAACACAGAAGAUAAAUCAGAGUUUCCACUUACAUUGAGAUCUGGAAGCUGUUCAGAGAAAGGACCAAAGCAAUACAUGGAGGAUGAGUUUAUAUGUAUUGAUAUUCUUGGUGAUAGUGUUGCUCAACAUCCAGAUCUUCCAUCUCCAGCAGCAUUUUAUGGGGUAUUUGAUGGACAUGGUGGUAUUGAUGCAGCAUCAUUUAUCAAAAAGAACAUCCUUCAGUUUAUAAUUGAAGAUUCUCAAUUCCCAUCUAGCAUUAAGAAAGCAUUAAAAAGUGCAUUUGGGAAGGCUGAUAAUGCAUUUAGAGAUGCUAGUUCUCUUGAUAGCUCUUCAGGAACCACAGCUCUAAUAGCCCUUGUGUUGGGAAGGGUCAUGCUGAUUGCGAACGCUGGAGAUUCGCGCGCUGUAUUGGGGAAGCGUGGCCGAGCAGUCGAACUAUCUAAAGACCAUAAACCAAACUGCACUUCUGAAAGAUUAAGAAUUGAAAAACUAGGCGGUGUAAUCUAUGAUGGAUACCUAAACGGACAACUAUCAGUGGCACGCGCACUAGGAGAUUGGCACAUUAAAGGGUCAAAAGGUUCUAAAAGUCCCUUAAGCUGUGAGCCAGAGCUAGAAGAAAUAGUACUAACCGAAGAAGAUGAGUUUUUGAUAAUGGGGUGUGAUGGAUUAUGGGAUGUUAUGAGUAGUCAAUGUGCUGUUACAAUGGUUAGGAAGGAACUUGUGCAGCAUAAUGAUCCUAACAUAUGUGCUAAGGUACUUGUUACCGAGGCACUACAAAGAAACACUUGUGAUAAUCUCACAGUUGUUGUGGUUUGUUUCUCUAAAGAUCCACCUUCUAAAAUUGAAAUUCCUAGAUCACAUAGGAGAAGGAGUAUUUCAGCUGAAGGACUUGAUCUUCUCAAAGGUGUCUUGAAUGGUAGAUGAAUGAAUGAAUUUUUUUAGUGAAUUGUACAGAUUGAAGUUUUUGGGUGCUAAUACAAAUACUAUAGACAUCCAAUCCAAUUUUUGGCCUCUCAAAAUUUUCAAAGUCAAUUUUUUGAGAAAUGGCUCAUCAAUAAGUCUCUUUUGUAUGUUUCUCACUUUUUAUUAGCUUAUCUAUCACAACUUCUUUUUUUGAGUUUAUUGUAAAUUUGUAAGGAUCAUUCAAUUUUGUUAAUUGCACACAUUUUUAUUUUUUUAAA